AUGCCGGGAAAGACGCAGACGAUCGAGGCUGCUGUGGCCACGCCACCCGUGAAGGAGAGCGACCAAAACACAAGUGCCGACAGUCAGCAAAGCAACGAAAAGGCUGUCGAAAAGGGCCCCCAAGAACCGGCCGGCCCGGCGCCGCCACAGUUCGCGGAUGGUGGAUGGGCGGCCUGGAGCACAGUGGGCGCGGGAUGGUGCUGUAUGUUCGUGAGUCUGGGCUGGAUCAACUCGAUUGGUGUCUUUCAGACGAUCUAUGAAGAGGACCUGUUGAAGAACUACUCGUCUAGUACAAUAGCAUGGAUCAUGUCGUUACAGACCUUCAUCAUGUUCGGCGGCGCGCCGUUCUUUGGAAAGGUCUUCGAUAGCUACGGGCCGCGCUUCCUCCUUCUAGGGGGCACGUUCUUCCACGUCUUUGGUUUGAUGAUGACGUCUCUAGCCAAGGAGUAUUAUCAAUUCAUCCUCGCCCAGUCAGUAUGCAGCGGCUUGGGUGCCAGUGCCAUCUUCUACUCAUCAACCAACUCCAUCGCGACGUGGUUCAGAAAGAAUAGAGCCAUGGCUUUGGGUAUUGCAUCCUCAGGCUCGGCAUGCGGAGGCGUGGUAAUUCCCAUUUUGAUUGCACAAAUGUAUCGUAAAGUCAACUUUGGCUGGGCCGUUCGUACCGCGGCAUUCAUCUUCCUGGGCUUGCUAGCUAUUGCCAACGUCUUUCUUCGGUCUGCACUGAAGCACAAGCCCAAGCCUUUCCGCGUUACGGACUUUGUGAGUCCCCUCAAGGAGCCUCGCUUCAUCUUGGUGUCUAUGGCCUGCUUUAUGAUCUUCCUGGGCGUUUUCCUACCAGGAAACUUCAUCGUCCUCGACGCAAUACGCCACGGCAUGAACGCAAACCUGGCCUUCUACCUCCUUGCUGUAUUGAAUGGCGUCAGUGCUCUCGGCCGUAUCAUUGCGGGAAGGGUGGCCGACAAGAUUGGCCGAUUCAACUGUAUGAUCAUCGUGAACAUGCUGUCCGCUAUUUUCGUGCUCGGAUUUUGGAUACCGGCCCACACAAACCCAGAGCUGUUGGUCUUCGCAGCCUUCAUCGGCUUCACGUCGGGGGCAUUCGUGGCCAUGGUAGCCGCCGUCAUCGGUCAGAUCUCAGAUAUUCGCCAGAUCGGUGUCCGCAACGGAACCAACUUCUUCUGUGUCAGCUUUGCCGCCUUGAUCGGUAACCCUAUCGCAGGCGCUCUCAUCCAACGCGACGAUGGGGGCUAUUCGUACAUGCAGAUAUUCUCCGGUGCUGCCUUUUUUGUCGGGACAUGUCUGUUCUUUUCCGCGCGGAUUGUACAGGCUGGACCGGGUUGGACAAAGAUUUAG